AUGAGUGAAGAACAUACUAUAGAUGAGCUUGACAGUGAUCCAUAUAUCUCAGGUGCUGCUCAGUGUUUCUAUCAAGCUGAACGUGUUUCAACUCUCGGAGCAAAAUAUCCAGACAAAAGCCAGCAUGAACUUAUAACACUUGCUGUUAAAGAAUGGAAUCUUGAAUUAAACAUCCACAAAAAAGUUAAAUAUUUAAGGACAGUAGAAAGAAUGGGGUUAGCUCGUCAACUGAAAAUUCGGGGAUAUCAUGGCCAAGCAAAUAAUCCACCAGCACAGCGAAGCCGAGCUACUGCAUCUUCUUUCGUCAAUUCCAAUAUUUCACUGGCUGAUUUGUUGAAAAGAGAGCCUAAAAAGCCACCCAAGAACGGUUACUCUCUAUUUACCUCUGAACAAUUGGCUAAAUAUGUAAAUGUUGAACCCCAAAAGCGUAUGUCCGAAGUUGCAAGAAUUUGGAGUCAAGUAAUAUCCAAGGAAGAAAAGGCUUCUUUUGAUGCUCGAAACAAGGAAAUGCUUUUGAAAUACCAAACAGAGCUUAACGCUUUCAUAGAAAGCCUGACUCCCGAGGAGAAGCAAGUUUAUGAGGAAUACAGGAAUAUGAAAACCAAGAGCAAGAAAAAGGUCAAGAAGUUUUAA